GUUGGGUGCCUACCUAUGGAGGUGCAGUUCCAGGCACACGGAGGCCGCUACCCACCCACAGCUUACAGGUCAGGUCUUGCUAACAUUCUAGGCCUCAGCCUGAAAAGCAACACCCCAACCCUUUGCUCUACGAGUCCUUACAUCCUCAGCUCCGUAGGUGUGCUGCAGCCAAGAUAAAAGCUUAAAAACUGGCUCAAGGGCAGCGACCACAAAGCCUUCUUCGGGGGCUUCUCAGCCGCAACUGACCCAGUGAGUUCUGGAACGCCCCCACGCCCGCCACCACUGAGCUGCGUCCAGAGACUUCCAAAGGGGAAGGGGGCGACGGCAUGCACAGUGGGGCAGGUGUGGAGCUCUGCGGCCUUCCUGCCUUCGAACAUGGAGAGUUCUGGCCCCGCUGUCGGACGCGAGGGACAGCGGCAGGCACCACCGCUGAAGACGCCACGCCGCAGGGCAGCCCGACCGGAAGGAGGGUCUCACGGGUUCCGGUGCCGUCGAGGGCCCGAGACUGACUUUCACCUCGGGGACGAAAGUGCCCGGGGCACCUUGGGUCGAGAAGGGAACCUAGGCGCCUGAUGGAAAUCCUGUAUGAAUGUGAAAGCCAUUAGCAGAGUAAUUGCUGUCUGUUACCAUGACAACCAGCCGCUGCAGUCACCUGCCCGAAGUGCUGCCAGACUGCACCAGCUCAGCUGCGCCCGUGGUGAAGACCGUGGAGGAUUGUGGCAGCCUAGUGAAUGGGCAGCCACAGUAUGUCAUGCAAGUUUCGGCCAAGGACGGGCAGCUGCUGUCGACAGUAGUGCGGACUCUUGCCACCCAGAGCCCCUUCAACGACCGGCCGAUGUGCAGAAUCUGCCACGAGGGCAGCAGCCAAGAGGACUUGCUCUCUCCAUGUGAAUGUACAGGGACCUUGGGGACAAUUCAUCGGAGCUGCCUGGAGCACUGGCUGUCCUCCUCAAACACCAGCUACUGUGAACUCUGCCACUUCAGGUUUGCAGUCGAGCGCAAACCCAGGCCAUUAGUGGAGUGGCUCAGAAACCCAGGCCCCCAGCAUGAGAAGCGGACUCUGUUUGGAGACAUGGUGUGCUUCUUGUUCAUAACGCCCCUGGCCACCAUCUCGGGCUGGCUCUGCCUGCGCGGCGCCGUGGACCACCUGCACUUUAGUAGCCGGCUCGAGGCCGUCGGGCUCAUCGCACUCACUGUCGCACUCUUCACUAUUUACCUCUUUUGGACACUAGUGUCAUUUAGGUACCACUGUCGAUUGUACAACGAAUGGCGUCGGACCAAUCAAAGGGUGAUUCUCCUCAUUCCAAAGUCUGUCAACAUACCUUCUAACCAGCAGUCCUUGCUGGGCCUCCAUUCUGUCAAGAGGAACUCAAAGGAGACCAUUGUUUGACAUCUGUGUGGUUGGUUGGUUGGUUGGUUGGUUGAUUCGUUGUUUAGGUUUGGAAGUUUCUGCACUGGGGCCAUGCACUGAGCCACCCCCAAACCUUUCCUUAAGCCCGUGGGUCUGAAACUAUCCAGAGCCGCGUCAGCUCAUCACCCUGAGCAAUGAACUCUGCCAGGAGAAAGCAAAAGCUAUUGAACUUCAAAUCAUGGAUGCUGCAAUCAUAUGAUAUUUGCUAAGCUGCCAAACAUGUUCAUUUAGCAGAUACUCUAUGGAAUUUUCUGAACACCUCUUUAACAUAUGAGGAAGGUUGUCCUGCCAACGAUGCAAUUCAAUUCUUCCUUUUUUAUUACUGUGUCAAAUAUAUAUAUAUAUAUAUAUAUAUAUAUAUAUAUAAAACUUAGAUAAUAAUCAAAAUCGAAAAGCCAAUGUUAAAACUGGUUUCUUGGUUUGGAUGGAUUUUGUUUGGGUUAUUUUAUUUGUUUCUGGUUUCUACUGUAGAUUCUUUGGGGUCAUUUGAUAGCUUGAGUGGUCUUUUUCAUCUCUUUCAUGUCCCUUACUCCAGGGACAGCAUAACAGCUGCAGGACAAGUCAUAUUUGAAGGAUGUUUUGUACUAAAUGUCAUUUAAUGAUUCAGAUUUUAAAGGGGAAAAAAAAGGUAUGGCAACUCUCCCCACAGUGAGCUGUUUAUUUAAAUUUCAUUAAGGAGAAAAAAAAUAUAUGGUGAGAAGCACGCUCCUUUCAACUUGUUUGGUACUGACAGCUGAUAGAAGCUAUUUUCUAAUAAUAAAUAUCCAGUGUGUGAAAGACAAA